UGGAUGUGCUCCACGUAAACGCUUAAACCAGGUUUUUUCUUUAACAAACUAUCGAAACUUUCCCAAUGAAUUGAAUCUCUUGUCAGGAUUAUUAAGCGCUAGAAAGGAUUAUAACACAGCUAUAUUAUCAGCAGAAACCCUCCGAGAGUGCCGCCUAUCAAGUUGAUGUUGAGGAAGAGCAGUGGAGUUUGGGGGCAGCAGGUAAGAGCCGGAUAUUCUGGCCAGGAUGAGGCUGCUCAAGGAACUGAUGCGUGUGGCCACCCAACAUCGAGCCUUCUAUUGCUAUGUGCUGCUCACCGUCUGGAUAUUCCUUCUAAUAGCAGGAAUGUAUCGGUACAUGGGCAAUGUUGAGUCCAUUCCAGGUGGUGGCUCAGUGUUUGGCCCUAGUUCAUAUGGCACCGUCAGUUCCUUGGGCGGCGAAACCAUGGCAUCCUCAGCUGCCCAGCGAUUCGCAAAAUACAGAGAAAGAUGUGCUCCGUUGCCUCAGCUCCAGCGUUUGGAUGACGGCGGCAUCUUGGAGGGUUGGAAGCUUCAGGGAGUGCUGCUGGUGAUUAGGCACGGUGAUCGGGGACCCAUAUCACAUGUCCGUAGUGCUGGUAUUAAUUGCGGUGUUAGUGGGGGCACAGAUAACCUGGUCAACAGAUAUCGCAGUUUCUUGUAUAACUCAAGUAGCUCCGCUUCCGGAUCGAAUCACAUGUAUUGGAACAAAGUGGGACCCUUUCAUGGAUUUCCCCUGCUGCCGGCCACAGAGCGUGGUUGUCCGCUGGGUCAGCUCACCUACAAGGGUAUAUCACAGCUCCUUCACGUAGGCGACACCAUGCACCAGGUUUAUGCCCAUCCUCUGGGCCUCCUGCUUAAACCCAAUCCCAAUCGUGCUUCAGUGGAAACAACUCCCCACACGCUUCUGAACUCAGAUGAAGUGGUUGUCUUUACCACUCGCUAUCGCCGAACCUUCCAAUCAGCUUUGGCCAUGUUGUUCUCCCUGCUUCCGGCGGAUAAAUGGUUGACUCUGAAUGUACGGGAAUCGCAUAGCAUGGCUUUCUGUUUCGGAGAAUGUAGUUGCCCACAGUCGGCACUUCUGAGGAAACGUUUGGAGGCAAUGGGGGAUAGGCAGCUCCUAAAACGUGCCGAUGUCCUGGAAGUGAUGCAAUGGAUCGGGGGUACCAUACUACAGCAUACUCCCAAUGGGAUUAGUAAUCCCUUUGAGGUAGUGGAUGCACUUUUAACGGUUUUAUGCCAUGAAGCCGCCUUGCCAUGUCGUAGAAAAAAAUCGUCAUCUACUCCAAAACCAUUGAAAAAGAACUCCAAUCAGGAGCUGGUGGAUGUGAUUAAUAUAGAUCAGGAUGAAACGGCUGCCAAUCUGUUGCAGGAGGGACAAACCCAGCUGGAACCUGAUUCCCCCGAAGUCGAGAAUGGAAAUCCUUCUGUGCAGGCAGAUGAACCUCAAGAGGGCUGCGUAGAACCCAGCCAGGUGGAUACGCUAAUGACUUUUGCGGAUGAACUAUCUCAACGUUCCGCUGGUCACUCUUACUAUAAGCUAUCUGGAUUGCUACGAUCUUAUGGAAUGAUCCGGCACAUAGUCAGCUAUAUGCUAAAGAUGAUCUCUGGCGAUAGGACUAAGCUUGUACUAUAUUCUGGACACGAUUGCACCAUGCAAUAUCUAACGGCUGCCUUGGGCAUUAUCACCAGCCAAGGUCAAACCAUAGCCUAUGCCUCCAGAUUGGCAUUCGAAGUAUAUCGAAGUGAAGCGCACACGGAUUACUAUUUUCGUGUAGUUUAUAACGGAAAGGAUGUGACCCAACAGAUAGAUUUCUGUGAGGGCGGAAAGAGCCUAAGGGUCACUAGGGAUUCCAGAGGAAAUAAAGCCGAUCUAUGUCCCAUUGAGAACAUCAUACGCUUUCUGCACGAGGAUUACUUUAGUCCACUAAAUGCCACCAAUUUUAAAGAAGCAUGCGGGGCAGUCAGUCCCCCAAAAGCCGGGGAAUUUUAGAUAAUCCCAAUAGAAGAAAAGCAGACGAGCCCUUUUCAAACUGUGAUAGGUAGUUAAGAUUCCACCUAAAGAAUAAGAAGAACAAUGUCCAGAAAUAUCUAUAGCUGGAAACGACCGCUUUUUAGCGAUGUAAUCUUUUUAAACCUUAUGGGAAUUUAGUUAAUGCAUUCAACUUGUUGAUCCACAAAUCGGAACCGAUACAUAUCAAUGGAGCACUUGUUAGCUUUUAAGAACAUCCUCCAAUCUAGAAAUCUCACUUUUAGGGGAAGAACAAACAAGAAAAUGAAAUCGUAAGCAUAUCAGCUUUUUAAAGAUAAUUAUAAAAACAACAAUUUAUGAAGAACCCUUCCACAAAUUUUAACAUUUAGUAACAUAUCAAAUCUGAGAAUAUAAGAAACUUUUCAAAAUUAAUGAAAAAGUACUUAAUUCUUAACUCUUAAAAACAAACAAAAAAUUUAAAAUAUAUAAAUAAUUAGUAGAUAAAGAAUUCAAGAUGACGAAAAACGUUUCCAUAAAUUUGUUGGUUUUCAUUUAAAAAAUUUAAGCAAUUUAAUAAAGGAAUUGGACAAAAAAAAAACAAAAACUGAAACGGAAACGGAAACAUAUCAAGCCCAAAAUAAAAGCUAAAUUUACAAAUAAUGAUGUAAUAUAUAUUAUAUUAUAAACAGACUCAACAGAAGUUAUGAAUUUAAAUAAAUGUUCUCGAA